AUGCCGCCCCCGCGCGCGAGCGCCGCGGGGGGCCAGGGCGGCGGCGGCCCGCCCGCGGCCGCGUGCGAGGGCGAGGGCGGCGACGGGGCCCGGCGGCCCGGGCCCGGCCACGAGCCCCUGGAGGGCGCGGGCGCGGAGGGCGCCGCGGACUUCGAGAGCCUCCUGCGGCUGCUGCGGCAGGAGUGCGUCAGGCUAUGCCGCGAGAACGCCACGCUGCGGGUGAGGGCCGCGCGUUCCGAACAGGACGUGGACGGCGCCGCGGACGCCGUGGACGGCUCCCCGCGCGGCACGGACGGCUUGGGGGGCCGGGAGCCCCCCCCCCUGAAGUUCGGGGCCGGUUGCCAGGAGAGGCCAGCGUCGCCGAGGAGGUGCAGUCGGCGAGGGCGUCGGUGA